UGCGGAAGAGCAGCGAUGCGCUUGCGCAACAUCCACAUGGCCUAGGCACCUUAAGGAUUAGAUUUGUGGCGGUAAAAUUUAGUUCUGCAACAACUUUUGGGUAUAAUCAAGCCCUGCUCUACUAACCUUAAAGGUGAACUCUAGGCAAUUGCCGUUUACUAAUUUUAAUAAGAUGGCUGAAAAUAAUACAGAGGAUGUUACAAAAAAACUGGAAGAGGCGUCAUUGACCUUGGAAGAGGUCUCCUUUGCAGGCCAAGGAUUAAAGUUGGACAAAGCUGAAGAUGCUGAUGCAAUAGUAAAGGCUUUAAAUGAUGCAAAAUUAGUACAUGCCUUAAGACUAGAUGGAAAUACAAUUGGAGCUGAUGCAGCAAAAAGCAUUGCAGUUGCAUUACAAAAGCAUCCUGAAUUUCAGCGAGCUCUUUGGAGUGACAUAUUUACAGGCAGAGUCAGGAGUGAAAUACCACCAUCACUGAUGUCUUUAGGCGAUGCUUUGAUAGAAUCUGGUGCUAAACUCAAAGAGCUUGAUCUUUCUGACAAUGCUUUUGGACCAGAUGGAGUCAAAGCCAUCAAAAAGCUUCUUAUGAGCCCUGUAUGCUACUCUUUAGAAGUAUUGAGGUUAAAUAACAAUGGACUUGGUAUUGGAGGAGGCAGGAUUUUGUCUGAGGCUCUGCUGCAAUGCCACAAAUCAAGUGUUGAUGCCGGGACCCCGCUGCAACUAAAAGUUUUUAUAUCAGGCAGAAAUCGCUUAGAAAAUGAAGGUGCAAUUGCUAUGUCUGAAGUUUUCAAGACACUGAAAAGUUUGGAAGUAAUCCAGAUGCCACAAAAUGGAAUACAUCAUCCUGGUAUUACUGCGCUGGUCGAAUCUUUUUCACACAAUCAAAACUUGAAGGUGGCGAAUUUAAACGACAACACUUUUGGAACUCGGGGAGCUUUGAGUCUGGCUAAGGUCCUUCCUGAUAUGAAUACCUUGAAAGUAUUGAAUCUUGGCGAUACCCUCGUUAGAAACAAAGGUGCCAUGGCGAUCGCAACUGCGUUUAAGAGAGGAGCAACAGCAUUGGAGGAAAUAAUUCUGUACGGGAAUGAAAUCAGAUUAGACGGAGCAAUGGCCGUAGUUGAUGCAAUUGGGCAUCGAAACAAUAUCAAACUUUUAAACUUGGAUGGGAAUCAACUGGGUGACAGCGUUGAUGACGUCAUAGAGAAAAUGACGUCCUAUGGGAAAAAAAAUAUACUUGCUCCGUUUGAAGAAAAUGAAGAACCUGAUUCAGAAGAAGAAGAUGAACCGGUAGAUGAUGAAGAAGAAGAAGGAGAGGAAGUGGUCGUCUCAAGAGACACGUGUGGUGACGACCUGGAAUUGGAAAUUAAAGGAAUUGGGCUUUCACCCGAUUCGAAGCAGCUCAAAGAUGAUGCGCAAAUUGCCACUGCUACACUCGAAGACGCCAAGAAUUUCCUGGGAAACCCUUCUCUAAAAACGCUUUCGAAUAUACCGCAGAAUCAAAGGAGAUCUCUCAUUAAAGACGCUAUGAAGGAAUAUUCAGAUAACACAUGGAGAACUGCAAAACUAUUUGUUAAGGCUUCAGUUGCUUUGAAAGAUGACAAAGAUGGCCUAGGCGUGGUCUCGGAUGCGAUCCUUGAAGAAGCAUUUAAGAAAGACGAUGCAAAGCAAAAAGCCUUGGUCAAUUCAUUACUUGUUUACAUGGGACUCUUAAAGAGUGAAGAGAAAGUUGAAGUCGCAACCGACAUCUCUGGACCAUUAACUGCUCUGGAGCAUGUAGCUCGACAGGAUUACUUUCCAAAGCAGAUGGCAAAAUACUUUGUUGCUUUCAUUUCAAGGCCAAGCACCAUAUUAGAUGCGUAUUCUGACAAGAGACACAACUUACUUCAGACGUUGUAUAAGUUUUAGUAUUUCACUCUUAGCAAGAAGUACGCAGUCUUGUGAUAAAUAUAUCGACAUUGCAGCCUGUUGCCAUGUGCCAUCCAUGUAAGUCGUGGUAUUUAACUGCAAUUAAAACAUUAUAAACAAAGGGUUUGUGCAUUAGGUAAUGUUAGAUAAUUGGUAUUCUGUCAGUGUAGCCAGGCUGUAAGAGAUAGAGUUUCACAAGCCUCUAUGUUUUUAAACGGGAAAACCACGAACCAUGAUCCUAUUCUUUGUCCAUUGCCGUCUUGAAGACCCUUCCAUUUCUAUAGAAGCUUCCCCUUAAAUCAAUCCCUACGAAGCAUUCUUUGAAUUGAAUUUUUCUAAGUAUGCAUAUUCACAGACUAAAUAUACAUGAAAAUAAUUAAAAAACCAAAAGCUUGUUUGAUAAUAAAUCACCAUGCAUCAAUAUACUAAUGAUUAUUACUGCUAGGUAGCUGUUAGUUCAGUUUGAUAGUAGUAUAGCAGUUUGAUAGUUGCACGUCAAACUCGAAGUUGAAACUAGAAACUUUAUCAAUCUAAGAAUUGCCAGUGUUCUAAUAGUUCUGUUGUCAACACACGUUCAUCACUCCCCUUCUUGAAAUGCCCCUGUAUUCAGGCAAACCCUACCUCUUCUUCUCAAUUACAACAGAAUCACAACAUUGCAAUAAAUCUCUUUGCAAUAAUUCACAUAAAAUGCACAGUGAAAUACAAAUUCUUUUUCUUGAUCAGUUACGUCACUACAAAACUCAGCUAGAAGUGGACGGGGAUCAUCCAUUUAUUCGAGUAGUUGGUAUGGAAGGGUCUUUGUACGAGUGUAUUUUCUCGUCUAUGCAUAAUGUUAUAAAAACAGAAUAAAAAAACGUUGUUUUUCUUGGCAGCUACUUGCAUAUUUUUUAGCUGAAUUGAAACUGAACACGACUGGCAAUUUCAAUUGCAGCAUUGCAAUUGAAUGCAAAAA